UGGAGAGUGAGGCGGAGAUUGUGCGGGAACGCGAAAGAGUUUCGAAAACUCUGCUCGGGCGAACAGCGCUCGGUCGCCGGCGCUCUACGGUGUCUCUACAGCUCUGUUGACCGCCCCCACCCGCACAGGUGUUUCCUGGAGGUUUUGCUGCGAAAAGAAACUUUCGGGUCUCGGUCUUCCGGCUCCCGUUUGCGGACCUGCGUUUUCCCGCACAAGCAUUUUUCUCGUCUUUCCCUCGCUCCCGCGCACGCGUGAAAAACCACGGGUCCCGACGCCUUUCUCUUUUCGCGCCUUCUCGACACUUUUCCCCACGGUGUGCGUCGCCUUGAUUCGCCAGCGUCUUUGGAAUUCUGCUAACGCGCGCGCGCCGCUCCCCAGUCCGCUCUUGCUACCGAUAACCUCCGUCUCGAAAGUCCUCCCCAGUCUUCACUGCUCAUAAACCUUUUCACUUUCUCGUUGCUUCUUGUCGCGAGUCGACUCGCCCAACGGCUUGUCUCGGCUCUAACGGCGCAGCGCCUCUGCCUUCCGCGCCUCUGCCUUCCGCGCCUCCUCGCCCCGUGUGCUCCAAAGUCUCUCGUCUUCCUCGUCAAAAACAGUCUCUCGGUACGCGACUUCUUCUGGUCGCUCCUCGUUCGUCUCCUCAAAGGUGCACCGUUUCUGUACCCGAGCCUCUGUACAGCCCGCGAGGCGCUGCGCCUGCGCCUCUCUCCUCCGGGCACAGUCGCAGCCUUUGCCGCGCUCGGGCGAGUCGGCAGCUCCUCUGUUCUCCGCGUCCUCGAUCUCGACGAGUUGCGCCUCCUUCCCUCUCUGGCGCUCGGCGUACCUCGCGGACAGGCGACCUGCGGCGAUCCCCGCCGACUCAGGGCGAUCUCUCUCUCUCUCCGACAGCGGUCGCGCGCCGCCACGGCGGAGUCCGAGGCGCGGGGAGACUCCUCGGCGGACUCCAGAGACCUUGCCCCAGCCACACAGCGCUGAACGAAGGAAGCAGAAAGGAGACAGAGAGCGACUGAGAACUGCACUCUUGGUGGCAGAACAGUGUGUCGCUGUAAAACUGUCUUCGCGUCGUCUCCUCUAUCGGCGCAGGCCGACACAGUUCGCUGGCGGAGAGUUUGAGGGGAGAACAAGGAGAGUCGCAGUCGAGGAGAGAAUGAAGACAACGAGGCCUUCUUCGGCGAGACAGUGAUCAAGACCCAGGUGUGCCUGCGGCGCCUGCAAAUCCGGGGGGCUUUGCGGCCCCGAUAUUCGAGCAACUUUGGAGACAGGCAGACUGUGCGGGAGACAGGACCUCUCUGUUCAGGAGAUACACGAGCUUCGUCGGAUUCGAAGUCGUGGUUUCGCUUCCUUUUCUCGUCUCCUCUUCUACUGGCGAAACGCCUGUGUAACUCGAAGUCUCGAAGCCUGUCUCUCCGUCUUCACGGGCCUCAUCCAGUCCUUCUCGCCCUCUCUGCGUGAGCUCUCUUUCUUUCCUCGGUUUCUGGCGCUCUUGUGUUCAGCUCUUCUUCUGUCUCGUUGACGUGUGUCUCCUCCUCUGUCUGCCCCCCUUCUUCGUCCUCCGUUGUCUCCCCUCCACGCCUGGUCUUCCUGUCUGUCUCCUUUGUUCCACUACUCUCCCUUCUUUCUCCUGUCUUUCUUUCGCGUCUUCUGGCUCUCCUCUCUCUCUCUCCUCCCUUUCUCGCUUCCUUGUGUCUUCUGUCGUUUCUAUUUCUCUCCUGUGUCUCCUGUCCCUCCUCUUCCUCCCUCCUCUCGCGUUCUCCUGUCUCCUCCGUCGUGCGCCGUCUGUCUCCGCUCCUUGUCUCGGUUCUUUCACUGAACGCUCUGGAAAUGGCGACUGCGGGGCAGACGGAUGAGGGCGACCGCGCCUCUUUGCAGCUGAUGCAGCAGCUGCUGGUUUCGACGCUGGACCCUCGCCAGCAGGUUCGCGAGCAGGCGGAGCAGCAGUUGGUCGGCGCGCGCGACGGGGACUUCAGUCUUUUUCUCAUCUCUCUCGCGAGAGUCCUCGACGCGCAGCUCUCGGCAGAUCCGCUCCAAGUUCAGGAGCAACUUCUGGCGAAGCAAAUCGCAGCCGUCACCUUCAAGAACUGCAUCAGUGCCAAGGAUGUCGUCCUCGACAGUGCAGCGGCAGACAAGUGGCGCGCAGUCGCCGAAGCGGCGAAACAGGCGAUGCGCCUGCAGCUCCUCGCUGCGAUCAAAACCGAACACAUCCAAGUGGCGAAUGCAGUGUGCCAGGUGUUGUCGAAGAUCGGGAGAAUCGAGCUGCCGGGCGACGGCUUCCCCGAGCUUUUGCCCUUCCUCUUGACGCUCGUGACAGAAGCGACGAUGACUCCGGAGGCGAACGCGCAGGCGGACGGGGUGUCUGUACACCGCAAGGUGUUUGGGCGCAACGCGCUGACAUGUCUCUCCUACUUGUGCGAGGAACACGCAGACAUAGUGGAGGAGACUGGCGAAGACCCUGCAGACGUUUUGAGCGAGGCUCACUGCAACAACAUCCUCACCGCCGUCGUUCAGGGCAUGAAGGACGAGGAUGUACAGCUGAAAGUUGCAGCUCUCAAGGCUCUUUACCACGCUCUGAUUUUUUCAAAGAAAAACUUCGAGAACCAGACGGAGCGCGAAUACAUCAUUCAAGUGGUGUUGGAGAACACAAAGGUGGCGCACCAGGCCGUGCAGGUGUCGGCUUUCGAGUGCCUCGUCAAGGUCGCAGAAGAGUACUACUCGAUGCUCGAGCCGUACAUGAGUGGGGUCGGUCCACUCUCCUGGGAGGCGCUGAAGAGUGGCGACGCCAGCGUGUGCAUUGCGGCGAUGGAGUUAUGGAACACGAUUGCGGAUGUGGAGAUCGACAUUCAGCAGCAAGAAGAAGAAGCUGCUGCUCUGGGCGCAGACGGCGCCGAGAGCGCUGUGCCGCGGAACUGUCACAUCGUCAAACAAGCUCUCCCGUUUCUUCUUCCGAUUCUCCUCAACACCCUGACCCAACAAGACAGCGAAGAGACAGACGCCGCAGACUCGUGGACUGCCGCCAUGGCUGCGGGCACAUGUCUCGGACUCUGCGCGCAGGUAGUGAAGAACGACAUUUUGCCGCCGGUGAUUCAAUUCGUCUCUGAGAACUUCGCGAGCCCAGACUGGACGCGGCGCGAGGCGGCCGUCUUGGCAUUCGGGAGCGUGAUGGAAGGUCCGGACACGGAGGCGCUGAAGCCUCUCGUUGAAGAGUCUUUUGCGUCGCUCGUCGACGUCCUGCAAGACUCUUCUGUCGCCGUACGCGACACGGCGGCCUGGACGUUGGGGCGCAUUGCGCAGUUUCACACACCCGUCGUUCUGCAGAAACUCGUGAAUGCAGACGGCACCGUCGUGGUCGAAAGCAACUCGCUGCUCGCAGCGAUUGUUCGGCGCCUUCUCGACCAGCCGCGAGUAGCCGUCAAUGUCUGCUGGCUUCUGCACGAACUGGCAGACCACAUGACUGCUGGCGACGGCGAGCGACCUGCGUCGACACCUCUCGAUCCGCUCUUCCAGCGACUGUGCGACGCGCUCAUUCAAGUAUCUGAGCGCGCAGACGCUGACGAACGCAGUCUUCGAGACGCUGCUUUCAACUGCCUGGGGGCUCUCAUCAACAAUGCGGGCGAGAGCUGCAAGCCGUCGAUGCUGAAGCUCCUCGAUCACUUUGUUCAGCAGCUUUCUCAGUCCUUCAUGUUUGAGGCCAACGAGGCGACGCGUCAGCGACAGGGUCUUCUCUGCGGGGUCAUCCAAAUUCUCUGUCUGCGCCUCGGAGACCAGGUCCAGCCAGUGGCGUCGCAGAUAUGGGCAUGUCUAGCACGAAUUUUCCGCGGGUCGCCCCCGGCGAAUGCGCCACCGGGCACUGCGGGUCAGCUGAGUUGCUCGGCAAGCGAGAGCAUCACGAACGACGCGCUGCUGGCGACGUCUGCACUGGUGAAUGCGUCGGGUCCUUCGACAGCGGCUUUCGCAGAAGACAUCGUCUGCAUCAUUGCCUCCGGUUUAGAGAACUCGACAGGGUCUGCAGCAGGGAGCUCGGGUGGAGGCGCCGGGGCUGCUGCGGCGACUUCUGGAAGCAGCACCACCGACGAACUGCAGACUGUCCGAAUCUGCGUCGAACUCGUGGGCGACGUCAGCCGCGCACUCGGUCCGGCCUUCGCUCCGUACAGUAGCCCUCUCUUGGCGCGCAUGUAUCAAAUGCUGCAGGACCCCAACGUCGAGCGCGCGCUGAAGCCCUGCGUGAUGGUCGCUGUGGGUGACGCGGCGAUGACGAUGGGCGGAGAGGCUUUCGCACCCUACCUCGAUUCCUUCAUGGCCAUUCUCCACCAAGCAGGCAACACAACCUACGAUGUUGGCCCGAGCAACUGGCAGGUGAACGAAGAGUGGCUGUGGUACAUCCACGACUUGCGAGAAGGCGUUCUCCAGGCGUACAUGUCCAUCGUGUACAGCUUCAAGGAGAAAUGCAUGCAGGAGCAGUUGAAGUUGUACGUGAACGCGAUGCUGGAUGUGGUCAAAGCCGUCGCUGCGACGAGCCCGAAAAUGCGAGGCGUCGACGAGAACGUGAAACAAGCGAUUGAACUUGUGGGGGAUCUGAUCAGCACAUACGGAGGAGACUUGACUCUUCAUUUGCAGCGAGCACCGUUCAUGGAGCAGCUGCUGCAACUCGCUCAAGUUCUUGGAACAGUCAAAGACGCAGGAGGCGAGGCCUGCCUUCAGAAGGCCCAGUGGCUCAGACAGCUGAUGGCACGGUAUAGCUGAGACAGAGUGUGUCUGUCCUGGCAAGGGUGUGGACAAGUCCUGAGAGUCUCUCGUAUGUCACCAUGUGGUGGCAAGCGCAAAGACUUCAAUCUCCAGUGGAGGGCCAGGCAGGACGGCCAUCGUAAAUUCAGCGUCCAGAGCGCAGAGUGGGAGGAGAGCCGCUUGUCGCGACUGAGGAGGCGCGGCGUGAUUUGCUGCCCCGUGCAUGCGUUUGCAUCAGAUGAAACAGAGAACAGCCGUGGAAGCGGCGCUGGCAGUGUGGCAGAGGAGAGCGACUGGAGACCGGUCGGGCGCGGCGCGGCCGCUGCCUUCGCUCUCUCUUGGGUGAAUGUACUCUCCGUAGUGGUGCGCAGAUCAGUUAGUUGAGAGAGCGCUGCGGUUUUCUCGGACUGUCUGCCAGGCACGGUUUCUGUCUUCUGGAAGCCGCCAUCGAAAGGAAUGUCGCGAGCAAGUCUGCAGUGGGUGUGUCCUUUUCCGUGUCAGGGUGGCGCGUCCAGUUCUGGGACGCCUUUGUUUCUCCCGCAGACGGGCCGUGCGUUAAACUGUUCCGCGCGUGUGUGGUAGAAUGGGGAGUCGCGCAUGCGUUUGGACAGCCGGACGGUCACUUUCGUUCCUCCGGAAGUCGCUGCUCUCUCUGUAAAGGUCGCUGUCAAUUCGGCGACUGGCGAACGAACGCGUCGUUCUGUGGUUUCUCUCGCAGCCCUGCCCGAGACACCUUUCGGAGUCGUGUGCUGCCUUUCUCUGCGGCUCUCGCGCAGUUCGGCGUUGUCGAUCGUGGCGCCGCGGAAGCGGUUCACGACCUCUACAGGCAUGCAUGCACAUGGAACUGGCGCCGCGACAUCCCUGCUGCCACCAAUGUUUUCCCGUGUUUGGUACACAUAGAAGAACCCCAACUUAGCUUCUGUCUUUGGGGCAAAGUCCUUUUAGGCUUGGCGAGGGCCAAGCUGCUGAAACCAUUUUUUGACUUUUUCCGCUUUAUGCAAUCUUUUCUGCGA